AUGAGCCAUCAGUCACCUCCACAACAAUCGCCUCUACCCACGCAGGACCUCCCUUGUAUUGAUUGCAGACGGAGGAAGGUCAAGUGCUCCAAAACGGAGCCAUGUUCCAAUUGCCAACGCUUCAGGGUCGACUGCGUCUACGAGGACUCAAGUCGUCUGGUGAACAGGCGCACGCCCAAGUCGAAUGAUUCCUUGGCCAAACGCGUCGCCGAACUCGAAGAUCUCGUGCGAAACCUAAGUGGUCGACCGCAGCAAGGAAACCUCAUGGAAACCAUGACUCAGAACAUCUUACACAAAUUUUGCAGUCAAAAUGCUACGCCAGAGGACAGCGCUGCAGAUGGCAAGCUUGUAUUCGACAAGGACAGGUCCCGCUACCUCCACAAAGGUUUCUGGGCUGCCAUGUAUGACGAAGUUCGUUCAAAGCAACCCUUCAAUCCCAUCGACCCUGCGAUUUCGUUUCCUGGACCAGCAGAGCCCCAGUCAACAGGAGACGCUUUCUUCUUCCCCUAUACAAGUGGUCAAAGCCAACCUGCGGUGGUCCACCCGUCCAUACCCGAGACCGACUUCUUGAUCCAGAUGUUUUUUGACAAAGUCGAUCCGUUUGUCAAGAUCCUGCACAAGCCGACGCUGCGGCGCGAAUUGAAUCAUUUCCGCCGCGGUGUCUGCACGAACCCGACCGAGUUCGAAUGCCGUCUAUUUGUGAUCUAUGCUCUGGCACUGCUGUCGAUGUGUUCGGAGAUGAUUGAAUACCGCCUCCACGAGUCCAAAAAAUCGUUGCUUUCUCGAUUCCGAUCGUAUGUAGAGCACGGUCUGAGUCAAGUAAACCUGACCACAAGUCACUCCUUAUUCACCUUGCAGACAUUCUUGCUAUAUAUUACCCUUUUGUUCUGGACGGGCGAAAUGCUUCACGCCAGCAGUCUGUUGGCCAUGGCCUUCUCGAUGGCCAGACGGAUGGGACUCAAUCACGAUGGGGCGCACUUCUCUCUUUCCCCGUGGCAGAUUGAGCUCCGACGGCGACUCUGGCACCACCUUGCGCUUCUGGAUGCCUGGUGUGUUGAAAACCAUGGGCUCCAACCGAUCCUACAGCCCGGAGACGCUAAUACAUCUCUACCCCAAAACCACGACGACGCAGACUGGGAUACCACCGAGUUUGCUUCAACCCGUCCCAGGGAGCAGAACAAAUUCACCGACAUGACAUUGGCCCUGAUUCACUACGAGGUGGGCGCUCUCACCGCAUUUGUCAUGAAACACACGUACACGUCUUCCAUGACGGUUCGUAGCUAUUUGGAUCUCCAGAAUGAGGUCCUGCGACAAGCCCGGGAUCGACUGGACAUUCUCUACAUGAAAAACCUGGACGAGACCGAAAUACUGCAGAAGCUUGCCAAGGAUCUCUUGCACCAAGCAUUCAAACGGAUCAGAUUGAUCCAGCUCCAACCAAUCCUGAAUGCCAAAGGUAUCGACGAAGGACAGCGCGCCGGGCUCGAAGCCAAAGUCUACCAAUUGGCCAUCGACUACUGCAAAAGCACCCAGAACCUCAUCAGCUUCUACACCCCUUACAGCCUCGACUGGGCCGUCAUCCGCGCCUUUUCGUGGCACUCGGUCGCCGCCAUGCUCUCCAUGGUCCUCCGCCACGACGCGCUCAGCGAAACCCCCGAAGCCCGCGCCGCGAGCAGCCGCAUCGAGCGGCUCUUCCAGAACCGUCCCUCGAUCGACUACCUCGCCGGGAACGACAACCUGUGGGAGCCGCUUAGGAUCUUGCGGGCCGAACUUACCGCGCGAGAGGCCGCUGUGGCGGCGGCUCGGAUUGGGAUGGGAGGAGUCGACGUGGCGGGCGCAGGAGGAGGGUCUGAUGCUGGCACGACGGACGGAUGGGCGGACUUGGUUUCGACGACUUCAACGAGCAUUGAUCCCGCGUUGUUUGGUUUGGUUGGUGCUAGUAUGUGUGAAGGCGAGGACCUUGGUUUUGAGACAUUAGCAGACUUGGAAUCAUUCACUUGA